AUGACACGCAGGAAUAUGGCCACCGCCAGCCCGAAGAAAGAAUGGUUUUGUAUACUCCCCGACAAGCCGAAUGUGCUUGAGUUGAGGAGUAAGGCUAAACAAGGACAUUAUGAAGGCGUUGGUCCUCUCGUUGCGGCGGGGAAGCUUGUCGCUGGUGGUGCCAUGUUUGAAAGCCACCCGGUAGAGGGCGAACCGGCUUUGUUCAAGGGUAGUAUGAUUGUAUACACGGGCGAAAAUGUAGAAGAGGUCAGGAGGAUUAUCAACAACGACACUUAUGCGAAGAGCGGUGUUUGGGAUUUGGAGAAGGCUCAGAUUAUUCCGUAUGUUUCGGCUGUGCGUGAACCCAUGGCGUAG